AUGAGCCAAGAAGCAUCGGAUAAGCCUCAAGAUUCAGAGGUUGCUCAGAAGAAUCAACCAUGGUUCUACGGAAGAUUUGAUAUUGAGGGAGGUGGCAUUGAGCGCGUAACCGUUGACCAGAGGCAGCAGAAUACAACCAAGUUUUGGAAUGCUGCUACUUUCUGGUUCAGCGCAAACAUGGCGGUUGCCACUCUCAACAUCGGAUCCUUGGGUGGCUCUCUGGGCCUUGGAUUCUGGGAUUGUUUCAUCAUCAUCCUGGUCGUCAACCUCGCGAGCGAUCUACUUCCAGCAUGGACAGCUACAGUGGGACUGACAGGUCUACGAAUGACGACGUUUUCACGAUACUCGUUCGGAUACUGGGGCAACAUGCUCGUCGUCAUCUUCUCAAUGAUCGCAACCACAGGCUGGAAUGCAAUCAAUUCGGUCUCAGGCGCUUCAGUGCUCAACGCAUUGUCCAAUGGAAAGUUCCCAACCUGGGCAGGAGUCAUCGUGAUCUGCACUUCGGUUUGGAUAAUAUGUGCUCUGGGGAUCAGCUGGAUCCAUCGUCUGGAUACCUAUGCCUGGAUCCCGCCUCUGAUCGUGUGGUGCGUGGCUGCUGGUACGGGCGCGUCCUCGUUCACUAGUGAACCUAGCAAGCACCUCCAGGGUGCGAACAAGGCGGCUGCAGUUCUCACGUACAUGGCGAGUAUCUUCUCCUUCUCUGUGUCAUGGAUAAAUUGCGCGGCGGAUUACAAUGUGCGUAUGCCGGUUGACACUCCGAGGUGGAAGAUCUUCAGCGCAACAUACAUUGGCAUCUUUGUUCCCACUGUGCUGGUGCAAUCGCUUGGCGCCGCGAUGUAUAGUGGUGUUGUGACAAACGUGGCGUGGAAGGAUGCGUACACGUCUUCUUCCAUUGGAGGUUUAUUGAAGAUGGCUCUGGAGCCCGCGGGUGGGUUUGGCAAGUUCCUCAUGGUCCUCGCAGCAUUGAGUGCGAUCCCGAACAACAUUCCCAACAACUAUUCCUUCGCGCUCCACACACAAAAUCUCGGCCUAUGGGCGAUGCGCAUUCCUCGAAUCAUUCUCGUCACAUUUGGCUUCGUGGUUUCUAUCAUCGUAGGCUGUUUCGCAGCUAUGUAUUUCAAUGCCACGUUGCAGACACUACUGAGCGUCAUAGGGUACUGGACGGUAAUCCAUAUCACCGUCGUGAUGGAAGAGCAUUUUGUCUUCCGUGGAUGGAAAUCAUACGAUUUGGAUGCCUGGGAUAACCCGAGUGGCCUUCCAUUUGGAUGGGCAGCAGUUGGAGCGUUCGCAUUCGGCUUUCUUGGGGCUGCCCUUGGAAUGAAGGUGACAUGGUACGCUGGGCCAAUUGCUUCACUUAUCGGAGAAAGUGGCGGAAACGUGGGCCAUGAGCUGACAUUUGCAUUUUCUGGCAUUGUGUUUCCGAUGCUUCGUUGGGUUGAGAAGCGAUAUGGAGGCCAGUAA